AUGGUUCGGAUUGCGCUUGCAGGAGGCUCCGGGGGUGUGGGACGAGAGAUUAUGGAUGCCCUUCUUGCCACUGGAAAACACGAGAUCACAAUAAUCUCUCGAAAGGAGGCAAAUAUUCCAGAUUUGCAGUCACGAGUAUCAUGGCUUGUUGCAGAUUAUGCUGAUGCCACGAGGCUGGUGGAUAUCCUGCAAGGCGUGCACACAGUGCUCUCAUUCAUCGUGGUUGCUCAGGACAAGGGAAACUUGUCGCAGCGAAACUUGAUUGAUGCAUGCGUCAAGGCAGGCGUCAAACGCUUUGCUCCUAGUGAUUGGGCCGGAGCUUCCACCAACGGGCUCCCGUGGUAUGCGGGUAAAACUGCGAUAGAACAGUAUCUGAAGAAGAUCAAUGAGGCUGGAAAGGUCCUUGAGUACUGCUGUUUCCGGCCAGGCAUGCUCAUGAACUAUCUGGCCUUCCCUCAGAAAACAACCAAGUAUGCAGAUAUCUGGGGCAUCCACAUUGACAUGGAACAUCGUCGGGCAAUCAUCCUAGGUGAUGCCAAGAAUCCCGGCUAUUUCAGCAUGACAACGAUGGAAGACGUAGCGAACAUUGUUGCCAAAGCCGUUGAGUAUGGAGGAGAAUGGCCAACAGUGGGAGGGAUCAGGGGCGACAACAUCUCCCAGCAAGAGCUAAUUCUGUUGGGAGAAAAGAUUCGAGGUGGAAGAUUCGCUGUCGAAACCAUCAAAUCUGUGCAAGCUCGGGCUGGCAGACUGACUGCCACUUGGCAUCCACGAAUGGAACAUCCUACGGUUCCUGAGGAGCUGAGAGUGUCGUCGGCAAAGAUUUUCACUGCCAAGACGAUAGUCUCUAUUUAUCAAGGUAGCUGGGAGGUGUCUGAUGAGUGGAACCAGAUUUUUCCCGACUACAAGUUCACGAAAAUUCGGGAAUUUCUUGAAAAGUGGUGGACGGAUGCGGAAUGA